AUGGCGUCUGCAGCUGCUAUGGCGCCGGCUUGGACGUCACGCGGACCGUCGAUCGUGCAUCAGCAUCUACGCUUCUUCCUCAACGUGCUGCUAGGCGUCAUGACGACCAUGCUCCUGCAGCAUCUGGCCUUCCAACUCUCAGCGCCACGCCUUCCCACACUAUCCGCGAGCGAUGCUGAUUUCGAGGCCAUUGGACGAGAGCCACAGGGUCUGCAUCUACCCGCUCACGCGCCUGUCGCCGCUCUGCUACUGCCGGAGCAGACCGUGACUCGCCGGGACGAGCCUCCGAUCUACCAGCACCUGCGCGAGCAGAACAGCCUGCAGAGGCAAACGGAAACGGCAGACAGCGCUGCUCCAAACGAUGCGUUAGCAGACGGCAGGGUAGUGCGUGACCCGGUGACUGACGAUGCUGAGGACGCUGAACUUGCGAACUCGGUGAAAUCUGAGGAGGUUGCAGAUCAGACUGGCGGUGCUGCCGAAGCAUCUGUUCUGCCUGCUCCUCGGCGGGUGCUGGCGUCCCCCAAGUACUUCCUCUCUGCCAUGUGGGUGGCUUUCACACGGCUAGCUGGCGUGGAGCACGUCUACACCACAUCCUCAGCGCGGCAGGCAGAAGCCCUGGGUCCCUUCAUCCGCGCGGGUUACCUCACCUACCUCCCGCUGCACCACAUCCUCAGCGCGGCGUACAACGUCUUUCCCGAGCAGAAUG